UUUUCUGUAUCAGCAACACAAAAUUUAUUGAUUAGAUUAUUUAAGAUUUUAUUAGAAUAAUUUUGUUGGUUUUUGAUAUUAUUAUAAUAUAUAUAUAUCUGUACUUGUCUGAAACUCUAUGAAAGCAUCUCUUUCACAUAUCUUGAAUUACAUUGGUUUAGGCUCUGAGAUUUGUUUCGCAUGCCUUCUCUCUCACCCACAAGAUUUCUUUAUUAAUAUUUUCUCUUUCUAGAGAAUCUUAAAUUCUUUCUUUCAGUUUUUAUAAUUUAAUAACGUUUGCAGCUGAACUGUACUUUUGUUCAUAGAGGUUGACGAUGAUGAUGAUGAUGUUUUUAUAGAGAGUUUAUAAAGUGGGUUUUGAAAGAUAAGUAGUAAACUCUUCUGUAUAUAUAAACUUUUGGGUGCUCCUCUCUUUCAAACAAAGAAAAAGAAAGAGUGUUUUUAGCUUUCUGAUUUUCCUCAAUCAAAGUGUUUUUUGAUAUCUUCAUCAUCUUCAACAAAGUUUAUCAGAUAGAUUCUUCUUCUGUUAUACAGAAUCAAGAGUUAUCAUUUUCAAACUAAGAUAGGCAGAAAACUUGCUGGUUUUGGGUUUGAUUCCUAAAAGAAGAGGAGAUUACAAAGAAAGGGUUAUAAAAUGGAGAGCAGGAUUUUGCAGCCAUAUGAUAAAGAAUGCAUGAAGAUGGCUAUGCUAAAACAUGAAGAAACAUUUAAAGAACAGGUAUAUGAACUUCAUCGUUUAUACCGAAUUCAAAAGAUGUUAAUGAACAACUUGAAAACCAGCCAAGCUCAGGGUUAUAAUGCCAACUAUGCUACUUAUGAUCAUGAACAACAAAAGCCAAGACGGAAACUUGAUUUAGAACGUCCAGCUGAAGAGUAUAUUAUGAAUGAAGCAGGUGGAAAUAAAAACAACGGAAUGUUAGAAACUGAAGAUGAGAAUGAUAUUGAAUUGACAUUAGGAUUAGGCCCAACAAGUUUUCGACAACAACAACGUAAGAGCAAGGAUGAUACAUCUUUGAAUUCGGAAACCGGACCAAGUUUUUCCUCAUCUUCUAACGAAUCAAGCUAUGUCCAGAGGCGAAAUACUAACAACAAUACACGUAAACGAGGAGAUAACCGCGACGAACAGUUCAGUGCAGGCAACAAAUGGGGUGGACUCAUAAACAACUGUGAUGUUGAUGAACAAUUGAGACAAGAAAGACAAAAACAAUCUCCUUGGCUAUUUAGAGUUAUGAGUCUAAACAUGACCUGAAAAUGAAUUCAAAUCUCCUCCUCCUCUGUUAGAGUUCUUUAGUUUGAUCAUCUUCCCCAUGGGUUUGGAUUUCUUCAUCUACUAACUCAUGGAAUCUGUCUACUGUGUGAUAACUUUUCUCUUCUAGAUUUCAGUUUUUAAUACCCUGCUUUCUCUUCUUUACAUUUCCUAGCCCAUUUUAUAAAGCUAGCUAAUUUUACCAAAGCCCAUGGAAUCAAAUUUGAUUAUGAAGGUCUCUGAAAAUGCUAACUUCGACAGACAUUUUUGGUGUUCAUUUGGGACUUCUUUUUUGUUUUUCCUUUGAAGCAUUUCUAGUGACAUUGUAAAGAACAACAUGAAUGAACUUCUUAUGUUUUGUUA